AUGGCCACAAACUCGCAGAUCUCCUUAAAAAAGCCUAAUAUAAAGGAGUUCCUUCAGCCUUUUCGGGUUCAACUCGAGACCUUGUAUGAUUUGUCCUGUCGGCUGUCAUCGUCUUAUAAAAAGUUGGCUGCAGAAUCUUCAGAACACUUUAUUCCAACAGCCCUUACCUGUCUUCCAACGGGUCAUGAAACAGGGCGUUAUCUUGCUGUCUAUUUUGGUCUAUCCUACCUACGGGUGGCCUUCAUCGACCUCCUAGGAGAUCAACAUGUCGAAGGACAUCCACGCGUACGGCGCACAUUAGAGAAAGCAUGGCCUAUUGAAGAACAUCUACGGAAGGAUCAUUCUAUUGACCUGUUCACAUGGAUUGGAGACUGUAUCGCCGAGGUGGUGGCAGACAGACUGGCCAACCCAAGUGAAGAGCGAAUUGAUCAAAUAACAACAGGUAUUUCAUUUUGCCUACCUAUAAAGUAUAGCUAUUCCCCCAGACUUGGCCAUGCGUUGCUACAAGAUUCCCUCGAUGAAGCCAUCUUGAUGCCGACAGGGAAAGGCUUUUCUCUAAACUCAGACCUCAAUCUCCGCCAAGCCUUACUGAAUGGAUAUGAACGACACACAUAUUCAACUCAUGGAGAUGAAAUGAACAUGCCUGCUAAACGCCGCAGGCUAUUCUCUCUUCCUAAACUGAAAGUUGCAGUCAUGAUCAAUGAUACGACAGCGACCCUUGCUUCACUGGCGUACUCCAUCCCUUCCUUGCCCAACACCCGCGUUGUUAUGGGUCUAAUCGUGGGAGCGGGGUGCAACACGACUGUUCCCAUGAAACUUGCCGAUUUGCAUGAAUCCAAAACUAAAAGCAUUCUUGAAAAACAUCCCGACGCACAAGAAACACUCAUCUCGACUGAAUGGACUCUCUCCACUGCAGCGGCUUCUUUUGAUGAGCUUGGUAUUCGAAAUAAGUGGGACUUUCAGCUGGAUAGAAAUUGCAAAAGACCUGGUUUCCAGCCAAUGGAAUAUAUGAUCGGCGGCAGAUACACUGGCGAGCUUGUCCGCAUCGUCUGUUAUGAUUGGUUCCAUGGAGUUUUGGGAAUAGAGCGCUCUAAAUUGCCGCUGAAGUUGGUUGAGGAAUAUUCUCUUUCAACAGACUACCUCUCCCUCGUUGUUGCCUCUUCUCUGUCCGAUGAACGCCUUGCAAGUGAGUUGUCCAAGACACUUCAACCAUCUCCUGGGAGUGAUUGGACCUGGUCGCCUGAGUACGCCCGUGAUAUUCGAGCCAUUUCCUCAGCUGUACAGGAUCGAGCGGCCUCGUUGGUGGCAUCUGCGGUUGUUGGUCUGCUAGCCUGCACCAAUGAAGUCCAACUAGGCAACACGGCUCCCAAUUGCACCAAUGGAGAAAAUGUUAAAACGGAAGCUGGAGGUACUAAACAAACGGACCCCGAGUCAGUCUCAUCGUCAACUCCAGGUUGGAAUAGCGGGCCCGAGGAGCUCGCUGUUGCUUUCUCCGGGGGAGUGAUCCAACACUAUCCUCAUUAUAAAGAAACUACACAGAGAUAUAUUGAUCGACUGCUACUUCGAGCUGGUCCUCAAGUAGGAGGGAAAAGUGUCUUCUUACGGGAGGCCAGUGAUGGCGGGAUCAUCGGAACUGGUGUCCUUGCAGGAACGGCAUCGGGGGAAAUUGGCGAAAUAAAGGUUACUCGUAAUUAG